AAGAAACACGUUCGCAAAGUACAUUCAAAGCGUGAAUUCUGAGUGGAACAUUAACUUAGGGAAUGAGAAAAUGUUAUAAAGCAGGGUCUGCGGAGGAGCGGAAACAGACGGGGAAAGGCUGGACUUGGAUGCUUGUCAAAAACAGCCCCAGCUGUACGAGACUUGUUUGUGAAAAAGCACAGAAGAGAGCAUAAUGGGGAAGAAAAAGGACAAUUCCCUGGAGAUUCAAGAAGGAGGAAAAACUAAGCCUACACCGAUGCUAUGUGGCACCAACUACCCCAUGAGCAUAGCCUUCAUUGUGGUGAAUGAGUUCUGUGAACGAUUCUCCUACUAUGGCAUGAAAGCGGUGCUGACCCUGUAUUUCAUAAAUUACCUGCACUGGGACAAAGACCUCUCCACUGCGGUGUACCAUGCCUUCUCCAGCCUUUGCUACUUCACCCCCGUCCUCGGUGCCCUCAUCGCCGACUCCUGGCUGGGAAAGUUCAAAACCAUCAUCUACUUGUCCAUCGUGUACGUCAUCGGCCAUGUGGUGAAGUCCGUGGGAGCCAUCCCAGACGUGGGGGAUGCUACCGCGCACAUUGUGCUCUCCAUGGUGGGCCUGGUGUUCAUUGCUUUUGGGACAGGGGGGAUAAAGCCAUGCGUGUCCGCUUUCGGAGGGGAUCAGUUCGAUGAGGAAUACGUAGAUGAGAGGAGGAAGUUCUUCUCCAUCUUCUACAUGGCAAUCAAUGCAGGGAGUGUCUUAUCAACUGUCAUCACGCCAAUUUUACGAGGUGAUGUGCAGUGUUUUGGGGGUGACUGCUAUGCCCUCGCUUUCGGGGUGCCUGCAGCCUUGAUGAUGAUAGCUCUGGUUGUGUUCAUUGCUGGCAGCGGGCUGUACAAAAAAAGCCCCCCACGGGGAAAUAUCUUGCUGGAUGUGUGUAAAUGCGUUGGGUUUGCCAUAAAGAGCCGCUGGAGGAGCUCAAAGUAUGACCCGAAGAGGGAGCACUGGCUGGACUGGGCAGAGGAGAAGUACUCGAAACGCCUUAUUAAUGAGAUCAAGAUGGUUCUAAGAGUUCUGGUCCUGUACAUCCCACUCCCCAUGUUCUGGGCCCUUUUUGACCAGCAGGGAUCCCGCUGGACUCUCCAGGCUACCAGGAUGAACAUGGACUUCGGUUCAUUUAUUCUGAAGCCCGAUCAAAUGCAGAUGCUGAAUGCCCUUCUGAUCCUGGUUUUCACCCCCAUCUUUGACAUGGGCCUGUACCCUCUAAUUAGGCUCUGCAGGAUCAACUUCACGCCCCUAAAGAAAAUGGGCACUGGGAUGAUUUUUGCAGCGCUGGCUUUUGUUGCAGCCACUGUGGUGGAAGUGAAUGUCACAAAAACAGUGGUGGAGCCUCCUGGAGAGAUGCAGAGUCUGCUGCAGGUUCUCAAUCUGGCCGACAGCGAGGUGCAGGUGUCCAUCCCAGGAAGUGGCCUCUUUCCAGGCCCCACCACAUCUUAUGAGGAUCCAUGGGAGUAUCAGAAGCUUCAGCUGAACGAAGCAAAUCAAAGCCACACAGUGACAGUCAACUACAAGGGCAGCGUUUCACAAUGCCCCGUGCUCUUCACUGAGCGAAAAGCGUACAGCCUCAUCCUCUACAACCAAAACUCCAAAGUUGAAUGCACACUUGUGCAGGAUCACAUUGAGAAAUCUGAAGAUGGUGAUGCGUACCUGAGGUUUGUCAACACCCGCCAGGAAGACCUGAACAUAACUGUGGGUGGCAAGGACUUUGAGGUACCGGGAGGAUAUGGGAUCUCUCCUAACAAGAGUCUGGAGAGAGGACAGUACACAGAUGUGAAAUGCCUAGAAGGGACAAAAGAAUACUCAAUAAAUCUGGGUCUUCUUGACUUCGGUGCUUCAUACACAGUCAUUCUCAAAGGGGGCCCAGAGGAAAUCAUCUUUCACACAAUGGAGGACGUCCAUGCUAAUAACUUCCACAUUGCCUGGCAGAUCCCCCAGUAUGUGCUUUUAACAGCAGGAGAGGUCAUGUUCUCCAUCACAGGCCUGGAGUUCUCCUAUUCUCAGGCCCCAGCCAACAUGAAGUCUGUGCUGCAGGCAGGCUGGCUGCUGACCGUGGCCUUUGGGAACGUGAUAGUGCUGAUUGUGGCAGAGGGGGCGGGACUCGAACAGUGGGUGGAGUUUCUGCUGUUUGCCAGUCUUCUGGUGGGAGUCAGUAUCAUCUUCUCCAUCAUGGCCAGCUUCUACACCUAUGUUGAUCCAGACCAGCUGGAUAAGAUGUUUCGGGAUGACAACAAGGACAAGGAUGACCUGAAGAACAAAACAGAGAAUGCAUAUCUGAACAUAGACACAGAAUGUAGAACCACCAAAAUAACUGUUCCAGCUGACAAGAGAACAAAUCUGACUGCGCAGCCUCAAGAGGGUGAUCAACCCACGGUCUCCUCAGGAGAACAGAAACCUCUGAAACACAGCCAAUCAGAAUAGAGACAGAGUGCAGGGCCCCCACUGAGGAGCCUAUCAGUGAUGUGGCAGAAUCCAGCACACAGCUGGGGAAGGCGGCUUUGCUCUGCUUUAGGGUCUCUGGAGUUCAUCUCAGCGCUGCUCAGUGUUACAGCUGCUAUAAACAUCACACUCUCUUUCUUGCAGAGUGCUCAACUGCCACGUGUCAUGAAAAAAAUACGUCAUGGAAUGUUGCUUUUUUUUUCCACCCUCAGAUUCUAA